CAUGUCGCUUUAAGAAACUUCGAAAUGCAACUAACCGAGGAAUCAUUGAAGGUAGCAUUUUGGUUUACUCUCUGUCGUCCACGAAGGAGCUGUUCUCUGGUGGCUGUGAUCCUCACCACUGGCACUAAACACCCCAGUAUGGAGAGUCCUCCAGAGGCUGCGGCUGCAGACCCCACGGCACGCUCCUUCUCCCAGGUCGUGUUCAUUGACAUCCCUCACUCAUACCCCCCUUCAGCCAACGUGACCUGCAGCUACACGCUGACCUCAGCCUUUCAACCCAACCCCAGGGAUUGGGUGGGCAUAUUUAAGGUUGGAUGGAGUUCAGCAAAGGAUUAUCAGACCUUUGUGUGGGUGGAGCCCUGUUUGGAUGUGGUGGAGCAACAGGCAAUGACCAAGCAAGCUGUCUUUAAGGAAUACUACCUGCCAAAGGACGACAUUGAGUUCUACCAGUUCUGCUACAUUGACAACACAGGCCAAGUGCGAGGAGCGAGCACACCCUUCUGUUUCAAAAAUCCAGUGGAGCAGAGUUUGGAGAGCAGCCCAGAUGACGACCUUCUGGUUAUUACAACACAGGAGCAAGUUGAACAGAGUGUACGAGAGAAGGCUGAACUGAUGAAAGAGCUGGAUCAGAUAAGAAAGGAAAACGAAACCUUGAAGAGCGCUCUGAAGAGAGAACAGCAAGAAGUCCAGAACGUAAAGGAUCAGAAUGAACAGAAAGAGCAACAGAUGAAAAAAACUGUCACAGAAAUGGAUGAAGUUAGAGAAGAAAACAAGCUACUAAAAAGCACCUUAGAGGAGCAACUGAAAGAAACUGAUCGCUUGAAGGAAGAGAUGAUGAUCCAAAUGACAAAGACACUGGAUAUACAACAACAGAAUAUACCUGAGCAGAGACAAAUGACUCAAAGCUUAAAUCUAGAAGAAGCAUCAAGACAAAAUGAGAAAUACGAUCGGGCUGUAAUGAAGAUCAAUCAGCUGAAGGAAGAACGCGAGGAGCUGAGGCGGACGAAUGACACUCAAAGUGUGGAGAUUGAUGGGCUAAAAUCAAAACUCAGAGAAAAAGAGAGAGAGCUGUUGAAAAUGAAAGACAACAUUCAGCUUCUACAGGUUGACCUUCAGAGCAGUAACAAAGAGAAGGUGAGGUUGUCUUCAGAGAUGCAAAGGUUGCAAAGCCUUACACAAAACAUGCAGGAGGUCCAGCAGGAGAACCAGACAUUACGUAGGUCACUGUCACAGCAGGAAGCCCUUCAGAAGUAUCCUGAUGACGAUCUGAAGGUCAAAUAUCAGGCUCUUCUCUGCCAACUGGACAAAGCUCAGGAGCAGUUGACUAAUGAGAAAGAGGAGUCCAGGAAGUUCAGGAGACUAAAGGAGGCCAUAGAGCAGGAUCUGGUGAAGGCCAUGGAGCAGCUCCAGGACAUGGCCUUAACACAUGAAGACACAAAUCGGAGAUUUAGCAAACAAGAGUUAUUGCUCACAGAAGCACAUGCAGCCAUCGCUGAGAAAGACAGUGCCCUUAAGGAUCAGGAAAAUGUGAUCACACUUUUGAGACAUGAGAGGGAAGAGCUCACAAAUGAAAACGGGACUCUCCGAAAUGACAUCGAGCGUCUGAGUAGCGUUUAUGCUGAGUCACAUCACAGACAGCCUGAACCUGUUCAUGAAGCUGCUGGUGCCACAGCAAGUGACCAUGAACAGCGACAGAAUGCACCAGAAGAGUCGGCUCAGUCUGAGAACCUGUAUGAGAACAUGGGGAACAUUGCAGGACCAGAGGAAGAGGAGCCAUGCUUGGUGUGUCGACACUGCCAAGAGAGCUUCCCUGGCAUCACCAGGAGUGAGUUGGAUCAACAUGAGCAGAGUCACAGAGUGUGUCCCUUCUGCACUAUGAUUUGUGACAACAUGGAGCAGUCUGUCUUCGAAGAUCACGUCUACAGCCAUGAGUUGUAACAACUAUACUGGGUCAGAAAGGAGGCUAAAUGUCUAAAAUUUAUGUAUAUCUCUCAAGUUUCUUGUCAAUAGCUUUUUAUUAUAAAGGCGAUUAAUUUUUAAUUUUGUGACUCAGUCUUCCUUAGUUCCAAGCAGUAAUAUGUCCAGUAUGGGAAAAAUAGUCUUAAAACUUGCCUAAAUUACAUAAUCCACAACUGUAAACAUCAUGUCUUGAGUUUUUCUUCAAAUAAUGUCUUAUCUAUACAGUGAAAUGUUCUUUUUUGAAAGUGUUGCAUAACAUUACCACAAACCAAGUGAGUCAUGAUGUUUGGAAAACCUUAAAUAAGUGUCAAGACAUUAAAAGUUUACUCUAAAUUAGUGAUGGUAAUGACCGUCAAGUGGGUGUAAAGAAAAGACUGCAAAGUAUUAAAAAGUUGUGAAAAUUGCAAGGUUUUCAUGAAUUGUAAAUUAGCUAAAAUGUGCAAAAAUGGGCUUGAGUAUUAAUGUGCAAUUUGAAAGAGAGCAUGGUGCAGAAUUCAUACACAACAGAACUUGUUUAUAAUAAUGAGAUCAUACUGAAUUCAUGUUCUUAUGAACCCUUUAUCAACUUUUAUUUCAUUUUAAAAUACAGUGUACCUGGCAGGAUGCUUUGUUGAUUUGAGGUUGAAUCAUGUAACAAGUGAAUGACUCAAAUAAUCAAAUGUAAAUGUAUGUUAAUGGACACUGCUGACAAAAUAAAAAUGCAUUUUAACUGGUA